GUGAAAGGAAAAAAAUAAAUAAUUAUUAUCAACCCCUUCAUUUCUUCAUUUUUGCAAGGGCCUAAGGGAAGGCAGUGGAACCACUAACUAGGAGGACCGGACAUCUCUGGAUCUUCAGCUUCCCAUUCUGUGGAUCCUCUUCUCUACUGUUUUUGUCUUUCAUUUUUCUCCCACUCAUCCGAAUCUGUCUGAUCUGCUUUUGACUCGAUUCGAUUCGGGAAUCAUACGACUGAGCCGUAUGGAGGAAGCUAAUGUUGUACACGAUAGAGACCAAAAAUAUUUAACAAAAGCAGUUGAAGAAGCAUAUAAAGGGGUGGAAUGUGGAGAUGGGGGUCCGUUUGGUGCUGUUGUUGUCCGUGACGAUGAAAUAGUUGUGAGUUGUCACAACAUGGUUUUGAGGAACACAGAUCCAACUGCCCAUGCAGAGGUGACUGCUAUAAGAGAGGCCUGCAAACAGCUUAAUCAAGUAGAGCUUUCAGACUGUGAAAUAUAUGCCUCUUGUGAGCCUUGCCCCAUGUGCUUUGGUGCUAUUCACCUUUCUCGAAUUAAGAGGUUGGUUUAUGGAGCGAAGGCUGAGGCAGCCAUAGCUAUUGGAUUUGACGAUUUCAUUGCUGAUGCACUGAGGGGUACUAGCUUCUAUCAAAAAGCUCACUUGGAAAUUAAAAGGGCAGAUGGGAGCGGAGCUGUCAUUGCAGAACAGGUCUUUGAGAAAACAAAAGCAAAAUUUCAAAUGUAUUGAUUUCUCUUGAUGUUAUUUCAUUUUUGUUGUUUGGUAACAAUUGUUCAUUUGUGCCUGAAAAUUGGCUUCAUUAUUAUUUGAACUUAAUUUAGAGAUCAAAUAAAAAUGGGACUCAUCUAACAUUAGAACGUACAAUUAAUUUAAUAAUUAUAU